GAGUUCUGGUUGAAGAUGCUUGUGGCUUUGAGCCUAGUGAAACUGAUUCGUUACUUGGUAGGAAUAAAAAGGAGAAAAAAUCACCGAGCAACAAAAGAAAACCUUCGCUUUUGAAGGUUUUAGUCAAGAUGUACGGAUGGAAGUUUCUACUAGCCGCUAUCUUUAAACUGUUCCACGACUGCUUUUUGUUUGUACAGCCUCAGUUAUUAAGAAUGCUUAUUGAAUACAUAGAAGACAAGUCCUCCACUGAGAAAAUGUGGAUGGGCUAUGUAUACGCUGGGUCCAUGUUUGUGUCAGCAACUUUGCAGUCCCUCGUCCUUCAACAGUAUUUCCAUAUAAUGGUCACACUUGGUAUGAAAAUUCGUUCAGCUGUUACUGGUCUUAUAUAUGAAAAGGCUCUGGUAUUGUGCAACGAAUCACGGUCGAAAUCAACCGCUGGAGAAAUUGUGAACCUGAUGUCAGUGGACGCGCAAAGGCUGAUGGAUGUGAUGACAUAUCUAAACAUGAUAUGGUCUGGGCCCUUCCAAGUUGGAGUAUCAUUGUAUUUUCUUCAUCAAACCAUGGGCUGGCCGAUUUAUGCUGGCUUAGGUGUGAUGGUGAUUUUCACUCCAAUUAAUUUCUUGAUCGGCAGAAUGGUGAACAAGUUGCAGGUGAAGCAAAUGUUGGAGAAGGAUGGACGGAUAAAGAUAAUUAAUGAAGUUCUCAAUGGAAUCAAGGUUCUAAAGCUCUAUGCGUGGGAAGAAUCUUUCUUGUCAAUAAUUAACAACAAGCGACGCAAGGAACUCUCAUUUCUUCUGAAGUCUCAAAUCUGGAAAGUUUUCUUGAAUUUCGUUUACAACAGUUUGCCUAUCAUGGUUGCUGUUACAACGUUUGCUGUUUACGUUCUCAUAGGCAACAGUCUGACCGCAUCCAAAGCGUUUGUGGCCUUGUCGCUCUUUGGAAUUUUGCGUUUUCCUCUUGGUUUCUUUCCAGAUGUGAUUGCAACUUGCAUACAAGCACGGGUCUCGGUCAAGCGCAUAGAAAAGUUCUUGGAUUUAGAAGAACUGGACCCAAACAAUGUUCUAAGGACGUCACCAACACAGCUUACUUCGGAAAUGAUUGGCGUCAAAAGUGGUGUAUUUGGAUGGAACAGAAAGGAUGCACCUAAAAUUCAUGGUAUCAACCUAAACAUUCCAAAGGGCUCCCUGGUUGCAGUCGUUGGUCAGGUUGGAUGCGGAAAAUCUACUUUGCUUUCCUCUCUUCUUGGUGAAACAGAGAAGUUGAAUGGCACCAUUUAUGUUGACGGAUCUGUGGCGUAUGUUUCCCAGCAGGCCUGGAUACAGAACGCCACUAUACGAGACAAUGUCCUGUUUAAUAAGGCCAUGGAUCCAACUCGUUAUGAGCAGGUUAUUGACUCAUGCGCCUUGAGAAGUGAUUUGAAAAUUCUUCCAGCGGGUGACUCCACGGAAAUAGGAGAACGGGGCAUCAACCUCAGUGGUGGACAAAAACAACGAGUAAGUCUAGCACGCGCAGUUUAUUUCAACGCUGAUAUCUACUUACUGGAUGAUCCGCUCAGUGCUGUGGACGCUCAUGUUGGACGAAAAUUAUUUCUAAAUGUCAUUGGACCUAAUGGAAUGCUUAAAGAUAAGACUCGAAUCUUUGUUACCCAUGGCAUCAACUUUUUACCUCAAGUGGACCACAUCAUCGUUCUUCAGGACGGUUUCGUCUCAGAGGAAGGCACGUACACUGAACUUCUGGAAAACUCAAGUGCCUUUGCCGAUUUCUUACAAGCUUACAGAUCAGAGGAGAACUGUGAAACUGAUGUUCAUGAUGAGAACGAAAUCGACGAAGCGCUUCAAGAAAGCACUGAUAAUGUUUUCAACAGAAAAGAAACACUACCUUCGUUGAAAGGUCACGAGCAUAAUCAAGGGAGUAAUAAUAGUAAUGCUGGAAAAACGAUAACAGAGGAAAUAUCAAAGACUGGAGGGGCAACGUUUUCCUUAUUGUUUUCUUACAUCAAGUCCUCUGGCAUACAUUGGUUUGUCCUCUCUCUGUUCUUUUUCGUGGUAAUGGAAGCGUGCUCUGUGGCUACAGGAGUAUGGUUAGCCCACUGGAGCGCAGCAAACGUGACCACAAACCAUCAAAGGGACUUUUAUCUAUUAAUCUAUGGAAGCAUCGGAUCGGGUCAGACCCUCUUUACCCUUUUGUACUCCUUGGCAUUGUUUAUAGGGGCGAUUAGAGCUUCUCGAAUACUUCAUCGUAAAUUAAUCGUGAACAUCUUGCGGCUACCGAUGAUGUUCUUUGAUACGACACCGAUUGGUAGGAUUAUGAACCGGCUGUCGAAGGAUAUUUAUUGCAUUGAUGUGACAAUUCCAUUAUCUCUGAAGUCGUUCUUACAGAUGUUUUUUGAUGUCCUUGGGAUGUUGGUAGCUGUUAGUUACGCCACACCACUCUUCCUGACUGUUGUUCCUCCUUUGGGAGCACUUUAUUUUUACAUACAGAGAGUAUACGUAGCUACAUCGAGACAGCUGAGAAGAAUCGAGUCAGUGAGUCGAUCACCUAUAUACAGUCACUUCCUGGAAACAAUCACCGGUGUCAGCACCAUACGGGCUUUCUCACAACAGCAGCGCUUCAUCCGGGAUAAUUAUAGGAAAUUAGAUGAAAACCAAGAAGCACAUUAUUUGGCUGUUACUGCUGACAGAUGGUUAUCUCUUCGUUUGGAAUUCAUCGGCAAUUGCCUGAUCCUGUUUGCAGCGUUGUUUGCAGUAAUCAGCCGAGAAAAGAUCAGUGGAGGUCUUGUAGGACUCUCUGUAACCUAUGCGGUUCAGAUAACUCAAAAACUUGCCUGGAUGAUUAGAAUGUCAAGUCAACUGGAAACCAACUUAGUAUCAGUUGAGAGGGUGAAGGAGUAUUCUGAUGCCCAGACAGAGGCAGAAAGAGUCAUUCCUGAUAGCCGGCCGUCUCGUGUUUGGCCACAGCAGGGAAUAGUUUUAUUUGAUAACUUCCAGUUGCGAUACAGAGAAGGACUUCCACUGGUUUUGAGAAAGAUAACCUUUAUAAUCAAGCCAGCUGAAAAGAUUGGCAUUGUGGGUCGAACAGGAGCAGGGAAAUCGUCCUUGGCCUUAGCCUUGUUUCGUAUUCUUGAGAGAUCAGGCGGUAAAAUUGUCAUCGAUGGUGUUGAUAUUGCCACCAUUGGACUCAGAGAUCUCCGUGCGCGGCUUACCAUAAUUCCACAGGAGCCCGUGUUAUUUUCUGGAACUCUCCGUCUAAACUUGGAUCCGUUCAAUGGACAUGUGGAUGAAGAGCUUUGGAGAGUAUUGGAAGUGAGUCAUUUGAAAAGAUUUGUGAUGAGUUUGAGUGGAGGACUUCAGCACGUUAUAGCUGAAGGAGGCGAAAAUCUCAGUGUUGGCCAGCGACAGCUGGUUUGUUUAGCGCGUGCACUUCUCCGUAAAAGUAAGAUUCUGGUUCUGGACGAAGCAACGGCCGCGGUGGACCUGGAAACUGAUGAACUCAUUCAACAAACGAUUCGACGGGAGUUUGCUGACAGUACAGUGUUCACCAUCGCCCACAGGCUAAACACCAUCAUGGACUACGACAGGUAA